GUGAAAGACAGGAGGAGGAGGAGGAUUCGAAAGCGGGGGCAACACAAACAGAGGUGUGACUGAUUGUGUGUGUAGUGGAGGAGAGCAUAUGUUGCUGGGAACUGGAAACAUUUCUUGCCUGGAUGGACUGUUAGCAUCUUUUGAUGAGAGAAGCGCUGACAAUGAGAUUCGCCUGGAAAGAUAAAAUUGUAAAAAGUUACUCCGUUUUCCGUGCUGCAGACUUUUGUUGAUUUUGCGGUUUCAGAGUCAGCUUUUAGAGAGGCUGGGAAGGGAGAGGGUAUUAGGCUUAGGAAAAAGGAUAAAGGAAAGGAGGAGGGGACAGCGAGAGGGAUACAUUUGAACAUUUAGUUGUAAUUUUUCUUCUCACCCUCGACGCCAUCGUGGUGUACUUUAAAUAGUCUUCAUUAAUCUCUUGCGCGUAAACGUUUUGCGUAAAGACGCGCUCUGGAAAUGUUACUCUGGCCUAAUAUGACAGUUCGUUUUUCGCUGAAGACAAAACACUUGUCUCUGAGCCGAGAGUGAAAUGAGCCCUGAGGCGAUCUCUCUACCGGUCCUAGUUGCGUCUGGAACAAUCUGAGCACAAAGCCAACACCAGAUAAGUCCAAAGACUUGACACCGUUGUUACCUUGAGCGUAUUCUUUUCACAUUUGGUUAAUUAAACCAGUGUGUGUUAUGUGAUGUUUUCAGUAGGGGGUUGAAUACAUACUGCUCCUAUAUUUGCCCGAGUUUAAUAGUCUCUUCUGUAGUCUGCAUCCCACCUCCACUGGGUUGCAACAUCCUUCCAAACUGGAGCCUGUCCAGCAAGUCUGAAAUCUCAUUAUGGCUCUCCCACAGAGCUCGGUGCAAGACCGGGGGGAGGAAGUGGAGGAGGGGGCCAUAUACAAUGUGACACUGAAGAGGUGCCAGAUCCAGCAGGCCGCCAACAAGGGAGCAAGAUGGCUGGGGGCGGAGGGGGACCGGCUGCCUCCCGGCCACACUGUGAGCCAGUUGGAAACCUGUAAGAUCCGGAGUAUCCGGGCGGGAACGCUGGAGCGUCUGGUGGAGACCCUGCUGACUGCAUUUGGGGACAAUGACCUCACCUACACCAACAUCUUCCUGUCCACAUACCGUGCCUUCGCCAGCACGCACACCGUGCUGCAGUUGCUGCUAGACAAGUAUGGAAUUCCAGAGGAUAGUGAAGAACAGACUGAGCGAUGUAGAACCUCUGAAACCAAAGGAGCCGUUAGAACUGCCCUGGUCUCCAUCCUGCGAGUCUGGCUGGACCAGUGUCCAGAGGACUUCCAGGAGCCUCCAUCCUACCCCUGCCUCCACAGGGUGAUGGCCUACCUACAGAGGGCCCUGCCUGGAUCGGAGCCCAUGCGUAAAGCCCAGAGUCUACUGGAGCAGCUGAAGGCUGAGGCCAGUCUGGAUGUAGACUCAGAGGGUUUUUCUGGUGGUUUCCACGGCAACAGCUCCUUCUGCCUGGCUGAGGAUGAGGGAGUAGAGAUUGAGGUCCAGGAAGGCUUCCUGUCAUUUGAUGCAGACUUGGUGGCUGACCAGCUGACCUAUAUGGAUGCGUUGUUGUUCAAGAAAGUGAUUCCUCACCACUGCCUGGGCUCCAUCUGGUCCCAGAGGGAUAAGAAACAGAACAAGCACAGUGCUCCCACCAUCCGUGCCACCAUCACCCAGUUCAACGCUGUGGCAGCGUGUGUGGUCAGCACCAUACUGCACCGACAACAGAUCCGCCCGCUCCUCAGGGCACGGGUCAUCAAGCGCUGGAUAGACAUCGCUCAGGAGUGUCGCGUGCUUAAGAACUUCUCCUCUCUCCGUGCCAUUGUGUCUGCACUGCAGUCCAACCCGCUCUACAGACUGAAGAGGGCCUGGUCCUGGGUGCCCAAAGACAGCAUGUCUACGUUUGAAGAGCUAUCAGACGUCUUCUCACAUCACAACAACUACCUGACAAGCCGAGAGCUGCUGAUGAGGGAGGGCACCUCUAAAUUUGCCAAUCUGGAAGGCUGUGCUAAGGAGCACCAGAAACGCACUCACAGACGACUCCAGCUGCAGAAGGAAAUGGGUGCCAUGCAGGGGACGAUACCUUACCUGGGCACCUUCCUGACAGACCUGACCAUGUUAGAUACGGCCCUGUCAGACCUAGUAGAGGGGGGGCUAAUCAACUUUGAGAAGAGGCGAAGGGAGUUUGAGGUGAUAGCUCAGAUCAAGCUGCUGCAGUCUGCGUGUAACAGCUACUGUCUUAGUGCUGAUGCUGCCUUCCUGCGCUGGUUCAAGAACCAGCCCCAACACAGCGAGGAGGAGAGCCAUGCUAUGUCUUGUGACAUUGAAGGAGUCGGAGACAGCAGUCCAACCUUACCCAAACUUCGCAAGAGCAUGGUUAAGAGACUCAGCCUACUGUUCCAAGGAGCAGACUCAGCAGGUUGUUCCCCAGUGAGAGAAACACCUCGGUCGCCCCCUACUGGCAGCUCAGGGGAGAGCGUGGACUCAGUCAGUGUGUCGUCCAGUGACUCCAGCCCUUCAGACAGCGAGGGCCUAGGCAUGACACCUAUACACACUUCAGAUGCACAGCAGAACAAGGUGUCCGAGUCUUGCUAUUGCAUUUCUCUCCACUCCAUGGACACUACCUUGUCCUCAGCCUUCCUCCCUGGCCCACCCUGCAUGCACCAUCGCUUGAACUCCCUGAUGCCCAUGUCCCCCUCCUCUCCCCUGCCCCCUGCCUACAACACCCAGGCUCAGGACGCCUGCAUCAUCAGAGUCAGCCUGGAGCAGGGCAACGGCAACCUCUACAAGAGCAUCAUGUUGACGAGUCAGGAUAAGACUCCAGCAGUGAUCUCUAAAGCCGUGGCCAAACACAACCUGGAGAGUGAGCCUGGGGAGGGAUACGAGCUGGUGCAGGUCAUCUCUGAUGAAAGAGAGCUGGUGAUUCCAGACACCGCCAAUGUGUUUUACGCCAUGAACACCUCAGCCAACUUUGACUUCCUGCUGCGUGUGCGAGGCACUGCUGGGCGGUCGGUCCAACUGAGGAGUCACUACGCCUCCACAUUCCCCCGUGCCCAGCAGCGCUCCAGCCUGUUGCUGCGCCUCAGCAAGGUCACACUGUGACCCCCAGGACAAGGGCACUAUGCCUGGAGGGACACAUUCAAAUGUUUUUGUCAUUUAGCAGACACUCUUAUCCAGAGUGACUUACAGUAGUGAGUGCGUACAUUUUCGGACACCCGACUGGAUGGGCUGGGAGUGGUGGUGGGAGACUGAAAAGGACCAAACAUGGGGGAACGAAUUGAAGUCGAUGAGUUUAGACUCUGAAUUCUCUAUUCCCACAUUCCCUUUCCCUAAUCAGACCCCCAUCUCUUAGUGCUCCCUCUCCCAACAUCCCUUCCAGUAGUAGCCUGUGGCCUUCCCUUUCUGGCACUUCCCCCAAACCCCUAUGGACUAUUAUGGAUGUGUAGUGGGACAGUGGUGCCAUAUAGAUGUCUAUGGCAGAGCGAGACAGUCGUCGUCCCCCCUCUCCACAUGAAGAGGUUUUGCACAGGUAGGAAGAGUGACUCCAGCCCCCAUCAGUAUUCAGCUUUUUUAUCGACUCUUUUCUUUCCUAUGGAGCCUGUAUGUUUCCUAUUAGAGGGAGCUGGGAGCCUGGACAGAGAGCAAGACUGAGAUGUCCUGUUGCCUUUAUUAACGGUGAUGAAUGAUCGGCUCCUGUGUCAGUGUUAAUCUGUGUGAUUGAUUGACAGGAGCUGUGUGAUGUCUUCUUUGUUUCCAUUAUUUCAUAGUGUGCACUGUGUGUACCACUCAGGACUGCACCUCUCAUUGUUAACUGUGUGAUGAAUGCCAGUAUAGAGGCAUUCUGAUAGGUUACUACUUGGUUUUAACAAAGUUUUUGUCCUUUUGAUAUUGUUUAGCUGUCCUAUCUCACCUUUUAGGGUGUAUUGACACAUAGGAUGGGGCUCUAUGCGAGGCCCGGAUUGCGCUGCCUGAUGCAUUGAUUAGCAGUCCUAAUAGAGAUGCACUUGUUAGAGGCUAGGUGAUGUCCGGAGGUGGGAAGUAGGUGGAAUGAGUGACAUUUACAUUUUCGUCAUUUAGCAGACGCUCUUAUCAUUCAUCUUAAGAUAGCUAGGUGGGACAACCACAUAACUCAAUCAUAGUAAGUACAUUUUAGUUUAUGAAAGGUAAUAUAUUGAGGGGGAUUAUUUAAGAUACUCUUUGAAGAGUUAAGGUUUUAGAUGUUUUUGGAAGAUGGGCAGGGACUCUGAUGUCCUAGCUUCAGGAGGAAGCUGGUUCAAACAUUGUGGUGCCAGGACAGAGAAGAGCUUGGACUGGAAUGAGCAGGAGCUGCCCUCCCGUAGGGGUGGGAGGGCCAAGAGACCAGAGAUGGCAGAACAGAGUACUUGGAUUGGGGUGCAGGUUUUGAGCAGAGCCUGAAGGUAGGAAGGGGUAGUUCCUCUUGCUGCUCAGUAGGCAAGUGUCAUGGUCUUGUAGUGGAUGCGAACUUUGACUGGCAGCCAGUGGAGCUGACGGGACAUGACAAGUGCCUGGAUUAGGACCUGCACCAUUUCCUGUGUGAGGUAGGGUCGUACUCUACGGAUGUUGUAGAGCCUGAACCUGCAGGAGCGAGUCACUGCUUUGAUGUUUGCAGAGAACGACAGAGUAUUGUCCAGGGUCACGCCAAGGUUCUUUGCACUUUGGGAGGGGGACACCGUGAAGUUGUCAACUGUUAUAGAGAGGUCUUGGAGCAGGCAGGCCUUCUCUGGGAGGAGGAGCAGCUCUGUCUUGUUGAGCUUGAGGUGGUGGUCUGACAUCCAUGCUGAGAUAUCUGCCAGGCACGCAGAGAUGCGUGUCGCCACAUGAGUGUCGGAAGGGGGAAGUAGAAAAAUGGUUGUGUCAUCCGCAUAGCAAUGAUAGGAGAGACCAUGUGAGGAUAUGACAGAGCUGAGUGACUUGGUGUAAAAAGAAAAGAGAGGGCCUAGAACCGAGCCCUGGGGGACACCAGUAGUGAGAGCAAGUGGUGCAGACACAGAUCCUCUCCACGCCACCUGGUAGGAGCGACCUGCCAGGUGGAUGCAAUCCAGGAGUGCGCAGAGUCUGAGAUGCGUAGCCUUGAGAUGGUGGAGAGGACGAUCUGAUGGUUCACGGUGUCUAAGGCAGUGAAUUGAUCUAGAUGAGAACUGAGAGAGUCAGCGUUGGCAGUGCGGCGAGCCUCUAUGACACAGAGGAGAGCAAUCUCGGUGGCGUAACCAGUCUUGAAGCUGGUUGGUUCAAUAAGAUCGGCACGCUCAAUUGUUUUAGAAAUAAAAGAAAGAAGGGAUACCUGUAAAAAAUUUACAUAGUGUUGGUUUCUAGAGGAGGGUAGCGACUCUGGCCAUUUUGAAGUCAGAGGGGAAUACAGCCAGUGGUCAGGGAUGAGUUGAUGAUUGAAGUGAGGAAUGGAAAUUGUCUGGAGAAAGGAGGUGGUGAUGGGGACGAGUGGGUAGAUUGUCGGGCUGCCGGACCUCACUAGUCUCAGGAUUUCAUCUGGAGAGAGAGGGGAGAAAAAGGUCAAGGCGUAGGGUAGUUCUGUGUGAGUGGGACCAGUGGACUGGUGGCUGAAUGAAUGAGGAGCGGAUGUCGUCAAUCUUCAUUUCAAACUGGUUGACAAAGUCGUCCGCAAAAAUGGAGGGAGGGGGUGGGGUAUUGAGGGAGAAGGUGGAAGAGGAGUUUCCUAGGGUUAGAGGCAGAAACGUUAUAUUUUGAGUGAUAUAAAGUGGCCUUAGCAGCGGAUACAGAGGAAGAGGAGGAAGUGAAAGGAUGUUAGGUCCUCCGGAAGUUUAGUUUUCCUCCAUUUUCGCUGUAGCCGUUCUGUAACCUCGCAAUAAGUCACUCAGCCACAGAGCAGGAGAGGAAGGCCGAGCCGGGUGGGAGAAAAAAGGACAGAGCAAGUCAUAGGAUGCGAAAAGUGAGGAGAAUAGGGUCGAAGAUUAGAAGGGAGAAAUUACAGGAUAGAAGAGAAGAAAGUAGUGGGAGAGAGCGAAGUUUGAGACGGGCACAUUAGCAUCUGGGUAGGGGAUGAGUGGGUAGGGUUGGAGGAGAGGGAGACGGAAUAGGAACAGCAGUGAUCAGACCUGGAGGGGGGGGGGGGGGGGGGGGUGAGAGUAGUAGGCGAACAGUCAUCUGCUCCUCUCCUUUUCACCGCUGAACAAAGUGAAGUGUCGUUUUGUUUCUCUUCUAUGUGUUUUUUAAGGGGAAAACUUGAAGAGGGUAAUGCAAGACAAUGGUUUUAAAUAUGUGAAUUCAGAUGUCAGAAAAAAGCCAGUGUCAGAUUUGCUGUGAUGCAUUUGGAAUGGUGACAGAGGGACAGACUCUCCCACUCUUAAUGCUCAGUGUUUGCACACUAUAUUCAGUACUGGGGCUUAUUCAGGUGCAGCGUUAACGUCUAUCCAUAGAUCAUUCUAUCACUUACUGUGUGUGUACUCUUGGGUGGAGUCAGAUUUUCAGGAGCAACGCGCACCUUUUGGUAACAUGAUACCCUCGCCGGUCCAACAUGAUACCCUCGCCGGUGUUCCUAGACCCGAGAAUAGCAACAUUCACAAGUGUGCGAUAGCAGAUAUUUUCUUGUCAUCUUCCCAUUUGUAGUAAAGCAAAGAAGAAUCACGUUGAAAUCAUCACCACUGAGUUAAUAAGAAAAAAGAAAAACUGCAUAUUUGAUUAAUAGCUACAUGUAAUGAAAGUUUCGGUUCUUUACAUUACCUCAUCAAGCAAGCCCUUUAGCUUCCCACAUCUUCCCCAUGUGAAAUAAUCCGAUUUGUAAUUAAAUAAUGAGGGUUUUUUUCUGGAUCGAAAAGUGGCUUAGGGCCUCCCGAGUGGCGCAGUGGUCUAAAAGUGGCAUAGGGCCUCCCGAGUGGCGCAGUGGUCUAAAAGUGGCUUAGGGCCUCCCGAGUGGCGCAGUGGUCUAAAAGUGGCUUAGGGCCUCCCGAGUGGCGCAGUGGUCUAAAAGUGGUGUUUAGGCAUUACUACAGAUCUGGGUUCAUUCACUGUCCGGGGCCGGAAGUCCCAUAGGACGUCGCACAAUUGGCCCAGCGUCAUCCGGGUUAAGCGAGGGUUUGGCCGGGGGGGGGGGGGGGGGGGCUUUACAUGGCUCAUCACACCCUAGGGGCUCCUUGUGGCGUGCCUGCAGGCUGACCCCGUCGCCAUUUGAACCGUGUUUCAUGCAACACAUUGGUGUGGCUGGCUUCCGGGUUAUGCUGGCUGGUGUAAAAGAGAGCGGUUAGGCAGGUCAUGUUUCGGAGGACUCAUGACUCUACCUUCGCCUCUCCCGAGCCUGUGGAGAAGAGAGGCGGCGAUGAGUGGAGUUGCAGCGGAGUUGUGGAGUUGCAGCGAUGAGACAAGAUCGAAGAAGGGGGUAGUACUUUUUUUUUCUAAAUCUAUUUAAAAAAGGGGGCAUUAGGCGGUGGACAUGGCUGUGGGCGCUUUCGGCCUGUUGACGCGGCUGAAUGUAGUCGGGGCCCUGAGCAAGAACAUUCUAGAGCCUUCUUGGCAGCGGAGAGAAUGUUGCUAUUUUAAAGUACAUUUCUUACAGUUCUAGUCACAAAUUCUUCCAUAGAGCUUAGAGAAUGUGCAGUUUAUAAACAGCAUUUCACCACUUUCAUAACUUUUGUUUUCACGGAUUUAUAGCAGCACUGGUGCUUAUUUCUUAGAGCAGUUUAAAUUGAUAGAUGUCAAGUUAAUUAUUUUGUGAACUUAGUGCCAAAAGAGAAAGAGGAACAAAAUCUGUUUCUGGUUCCAUUUCAACCAGUGUGGCGCAAUAAAUAAUACGUUCUGGUUGAAACUUUGAGUGGAGAACACCUGCGUAGACAGGCCUACAUACUACAGAGCCAUCCAUUUUGUGACAAAAUAUGACAUUCACGUAUUGCUUCGUACUCCAUUUACAGGAACUGUAAUGUGUGCCGAGCCUCUUACAGGAUGUUCCGUUGGAAAUGUACUGUGCAGAACAGACUGUCAUUCAGAAUAGACAUGUCCGUUCUUACAUUACUUUUCUAUCUACAACAUUCUGAACAGCCAGCUCCCUGUGCACCGAGCCUCACCCAAACAAACACUCACCCUCAAUAGUUUGUCACAGACGAUAUGAAUUACAUUUUCACACUAGCCCACACUGACACUAAUUCAGUUCCUCCUGUGCCGAGGCCUCUACACACUGACACUAAUUCAGUUCCUCCUGUGCCGAGGCCUCUACACACUGACACUAAUUCAGUUCCUCCUGUGCCGAGGCCUCUACACACUGACACCCACCCCCCUUUUAACGGAAUCCCACGGAUACCGGCUCUCCCACACUGCCUAACCAGCAUUAACACCUCCACCUGUCUAACCCACACAGUGAAACCGGUCCCUACCAUAUACACUCCUACGUUUCAUCUAUUCUCUCCAUCACACUGGUUAUUACUAUAACGCUCAUUCUCUAAUACUGACAUUCUGGCCAUCUCACUGAGCAGUGUACUGGACUGUUAUUGGUCAUUCAGUACUAAAUGCUGGGCAAGAUGUACUGUGGUCGAUUCUCCCUGUGUUGAUUCUCAUGCAACACUUGUGAAUUUUCUCUCAUGAACUCAAUUUGUGCGUCUUCACUGCCAAAAUUCUCUACCUAAAUAAAUGAUCAUUACUAUGAUGUUGUUUAUUUGUUUGACCCUUUAACAACAUAAGAUUUACAGAGUUGAACAAUACUUCCAGUUAUUAUUCUGGUACAAACAAGUAUCAUAAAUGAGUUAUUACCAUCUACUUGGUCAUUUCUUUACCAUAAAUUAGUGAAACAGUAGCUAGGUUUCCAUCCAAUGGAUGACAGAUUUUCAGGUGAAUAUUCUAAAAUCUGCAUAAAAACAAAAUGCGCAUUUUCCCACCAGAUCUGAUUCCAUCAAAUUUGACUUGUUUCAUAUAAAAGGCUGUGAUGUAGUGCACUAUAAAUACCUUUUGUGGUUCAAUUCCCAUGUACCGAAUACAUUUUUUUUAAAAACAAGUUAAAUGGGUUUCCAUCACAUUCAACUCCACUGAUGGUGCUCACCAAAAAUGUGCCCACUCUGGUAUUGGCAUGUGCACUCUAGCCAGCAGGGUGCAGUAUAGCCAGCAGGGUGCAGUAUAGCCUACAUGAGAUUAUUAUGGACAAAAGAGUGAUGUAGUUUUAUUUGUCAAACGGCAGCCCAGCAUCGAUGAUCAUGUCACCAGAAUAAGACCCUCAAUAUUUAUUGGAAAGUCACAUCAAGCUCAUCACCUUGCACUUUCACCACCCUGUGAAGUUCAUCAUGAUGAGAUUCGAACACACAACCUUUGUUAACGCCCACCCAUUCUCCCCAACCAACCACCCUGCUAUCGUUUGUCUGUCUCUGUGAUUGUAAUUCACUGUAUACAAAAAGACUUUUCCACAUUUCCAAUAAGCAAUUUGUGUGUUUCACAAUCUGAUACUGGGUUGCUUGAUACACACGGGAAACUGUUGUGUGAAACCCAGCAGCGUUGUAGUUCUUGAUGCACUCAAACCGGUGCUGCUACCAUACCACAUUCAAAGGCACUUGUCUUACCCAUUCACCCCCUGAAUGGCACACACACACUGUUCAUGUCUCAAGGCUUAAAAACCCUUCUUUAACAUGUCUCCUCCCCUACACGGAUUCAGAUUGAAGUGGAUUUAACAAGUGACAUCAAUAAGGGUUCAUAGCUUUCACUUGGCCAGCCGGUCAUAAAAAGAGCAGGUGUUCCUAAUGUUUUGUACACUGUAAAUGUACAAAUUGCCCUUUUUGAAUAAUCUUCUACAGAACAGUAAAUUACAAUUCACAUUUGGCAGUACUCGCACAAUCAAUGUUAAAUUAAUCUUUCUAUCCCAUGUGUGAUCAUUGAAGACAUCUUUCACGAUCAAUACAUUUAUUUUAGAAAUCAAUGUUUCAGAUAUAAUUAUCAAAUGAAAGAAACAUGACAUUUAGCAGGCACUAGUUUGAAUCAAGUCUGUCUUGAGCAUUUGGCCAUAGGUUCCCAUUGACAUCAUUCGUUUCUGUAACAUGCCAUUAGAAAGCAGUUUGAAACAAACACCACACAAAGACCCCAGCAACUUCAUUUUGGAUACAUGUUUACUGUAUAGGGGAUGCAUUACAUACAUCUGAUCUUAAUAUCAGAUUUAUUAACUUACUGAAGUAAAAUCAUUCAUAAUAUUACAUUACAGUAUAACAUACAUUCAUUAUUCUCAAAACCAUUAUAUAGGUUUACCAAAUGGUUAAGUGAUUAUCAAUUAAGAGCAGUCUGAUUAAGUCAAUUAAAUGUAUUUAAACAAAUGCAAAGACAAUCCUAUCAAAAGUAAUGUGAGCAUUGCAUUGUGAAAGGCAAUUACUUCAUAUGAACAUGUAUUUCUAGAUGAAACACUGAUUACGUUUGAAAAACAGACUGUAUGAUUGCGUUGUACUUAGUCAAUCGAAUAAUGAGACUUGUGAAACGGCCUUUUUGAUGAUCUGUUUUGAGUUUGGUACAAAGUGUUGUGAAAAAUGCCCCAAAGGGAUCAAAUAAAUCAUAAAAACACUUAGUGCCAUUAUUGAUCUCAGAGCUCAGUUUAACACAAAGGUUUAACACAUCUAUAGUACAGUACCAGCAGUAAGUUUACCAAAUAUAACAACUGUUCCAUAAAUAAUUGCUAUCCACAGUAAUCGUACUAUUAUCUCCACUAUACCAAAAGCUAUAAAACAUACAAAACUUAAACAUGACCUAUUAUCUUAGCAUUAACGAAACCUAACCAGUGGGUAUUGAACAUCAAUAAUACAAGAUGAGUUAUCUGAGACAGGCUGAGUGAACUAGGCUACAGUAGCCUGAUCCCAUCUGUAUGUGUGCUUUAGCCAACUCUGCUGUGCCACGUGUGGUCCUUGUCAAGCCAAACAUGAAUGUAGGGUAUCAUGACAAUAGUCCCAGGAGUUGUCUUAAGACAGAUCUGGGACCAGGGCAUGGGUACAGAACCUCUUCCUCUGCUUCCAGUGGAGAUCCAUUGGUCUGACCAGGGGUCUAUCCAUUAGUCGGGAUUCAAUUGCAAAACGUUUGGUCUGUUGCAAAAUGUUUUACAACGGUUACUGUUUACUCUAGGAACCAAACAGAACGAAAUAGGGAGGGGCCUACCUGAAUUUGUCCAACAGAAACUCAUUUUAAUUU